AAACGAAAAAUGUAAACAAGGAAGCAGAAAAAGUCAGUUUCUUCCUGGUUUCUGGCAUGAUUUUUAUCACUUUCCUCUAGAAAAAUGACGACCAUUUACGAAACCUUUAAGGAAUUUCUAAUUGAUGUGGAGAAGUUUCUGGUAGAAACAAUUAAGAAAGAAUCCUUAUCAAAGUCCUCCAAGGAUCACAAACAGACAAUCCUUGACAAGAUAGGGAGGCUAAGGGACGAAUUCCCCCAACUGACCCCGGAGAAACCAAUCGAUGACACCAAAUCAGGUGACCUGAGUUUUACAGAUGAAUCCACAAGAACAGGAGGAAGUUCUAACGCUGAGGAUGAGGACCAGUACGGAGAUGCAAACAUCCCAGCUAUUCCUGCCCAGGACCUAACAGACACAUUCAAAUGUGGAUUCCUGGAUAAAAAACAAAAGAAAGGAAAACUGUUAUUCAGUGGUCCAAAGCUACAGAAGAGGUGGUGUGCCAUUAAGAACAACAUUUUCUAUUACUAUGAAUCUGCCAAGGAGCGUAAGCAGCACGGAGCAUUUUACUUGAACGGUUACACGGUGGAGGAUGCCCCUGACGUCGUGGACAAAAAAGACGCCGCUCGACGGGAGCUCGGAUUUCAGCUGGUCUGUCCCGCUAAAAGAACAUACCAGUUUGUGGCUCAGUCUAAGGAAGAUUAUGAAGAUUGGAAGGUUGCCAUAAUGAAAGGAGCUCUUAGUGCAUCCUCCAAGGAUAAUAUACUGAAUGAUGAUGAGCCAGGAGAGGUGUAUGAAGACGUGGACAAUGCAGACAAUGUUGACGCCGCCCCAGAGGAAUUGUAUGAUGACACCCUGGAAGAGCCAGAACCUUCCCCCAAACCUGUCAGUAGAGGUCCCCCCUCCAUACCCCGCCCACCUCCCCCGGACGAGCCCACCUGUGAUGAGAUUUACGAUGAUACCGUCAACCCAGAGGAUGCUCAAGAGGAAUAUGAUGAUUGCUUAACAGGUCAACAACCACCCCCCACUCCUUCUAGAUCCUUACCUGAAAUACCUGGAUCCAAGAAGCCUCUCCCUGCUGUUCCUCCUACCCCACCCCCAUCCACACACAAGCCCCUCCCCAGCAUUCCAGCUCCAAGUAUUCCUCCUCCAGAAGUGCCAAAAGAGACCAAGCCCGAGAAAAACGCAGAACCCCAGAUUCCACCCGAUCAGGAUUAUGAGAACAUGUUCUUGGGUAAAUAUGACUGCAGUGCUGAUCGCAAUAAUGAACUGGCCUUCAAGCGCGGAGAUAAACUGUACGUCAUCAGUCGAAAGUAUGAUGACAAAAGCUGGUGGGUGGCAGAACUCAAUGGAAAAUUUGGUCUGGUGCCGAAAAAUUAUCUUACCCCGGCUUAUGAACUGGCCAGAUGAAAUGUUAGAGGAAUUCUGACAUUUGAGAAUUAUUUUAAUUCCCAUGUUGUUGAUUUCAUGACUUGUUUUUUGCAAGCUUUAUUUACAUUUACUUGUGCAAUACUGUUGUAAUAAUAAUUAAAAAUAAUAUAAAAAUUAUUAUAUUUAAAUCAAGUAUCUAUUUAAUACAAAAUUUUGUACAAAAUUUUUUAUUUAAUAAAGAAAGCAAUUUUU